AUGGAGCGCAAGAUCGACGGGGAGCUCGCGGUGGUCCUAUCCUCCGUCUCCAUCGCUUGCAAGAGGAUCGCCAGCCUGGUUCAAAAGGCGGGCAUCUCCGGCAUGACCGGCGCGGCCGGCGCCGUGAACGUCCAGGGCGAGGACCAGAAGAAGCUCGACGUCGUCAGCAACGAGAUCUUCUGCGAGGUUCUGCGAACCUCCGGGAGGACCGGCGUGAUCGCGUCCGAGGAGGAGGACACGCCGGUGGCGGUCGAGGAGACGUACAACGGCAACUACGUCGUCGUCUUCGACCCACUCGACGGCUCCUCCAACAUCGACGCCGCGGUGUCCACCGGUUCCAUCUUCGGCGUGUACUCGUCCGAUCAAUCAUGCGUCCCCGACUGGGGCGCCGACGACGAGGGCGUGGUGCAGGAGAAGUGCAUCACGAACGUGUGCCAGCCGGGUAACAACCUCCUCGCGGCCGGGUACUGCAUGUACUCAUCGUCCUGCAUCCUCAUGCUCACCGUCGGCCACGGCGUCUACGGCUUCACCCUGGACCCGUCCAUCGGCGAGUUCGUCUUGUCCCACGAGGACGUCAAGAUCCCGGAGAAGGGGAAGAUCUACUCCUUCAACGAGGGCAACUACGUCAACUGGGAGCCCGGACUCAAGGAGUACAUGGACGCGCUGAAAAAAGGCGGGCACACCGAGGACGGCAAGCCCUACUCCGCGAGGUACAUCGGAAGCCUCGUGGGCGACUUUCACCGCACGAUGCUCUACGGCGGCAUCUACGGGUACCCCGGGGAUGCGAAAAACGCAAACGGCAAGCUGCGCUUACUGUACGAGUGCGCCCCGAUGAGCUUCAUCGCCGAGCAGGCUGGCGGGAUGGGCAGCACCGGGCGGGGGCGGGUGCUGGACAUUCGACCGGAGGAGGUGCACCAGCGCGUGCCGUUCUACACGGGAAGCAGGGAGGAGGUGCAGUAUCUCGAGUCCUUCCUGCAGGAGGCGUGA